AGGAGUUGCUUAUCCAUAUGUACCGGAAAAGGAGCAGCCAAACAAAAACAUCUCGUUCGUACCCCUCAUUUCCUCCAUAGAUAAUAGCAGGAGUCCUCGGAGGUGGGAGUUCCAUUUUCAUUCUUCACUUUGUAGUACGAGUCUACAUAAGGUAAAUACGCAGAAAGGGAGCGAAGAUGACAGAAGAGAAGGCGAAACAGGAGGCGAUGCAGAUCAUAGGAAUGUUCCAAGUGCUCCCCAAAUUGGUUGUUUUCGAUCUCGAUUACACUCUCUGGCCUUUUUACUGUGAAUGUCGAUCCAAACGUGAAAUGCCAUCUUUGUAUCGCGAUGCUAAAGGCAUAUUGUGUGCACUCAGAGACAAGGGGGUUGAUUUAGCUAUUGCUUCAAGAUCGCCAACACCAGACAUAGCUAACACGUUUCUUGAUAAGUUGAACAUCAAGUCUAUGUUUAUAACCCAGGAGAUUUUUUCCAGUUGGACGCACAAAACUGAGCAUUUUCAAAGAAUCCGUUCAAGAACAGGGGUGCCUUUUAACUCAAUGCUCUUUUUUGAUGAUGAAGAUAGGAAUAUCCAAGCGGUUUCUAAAAUGGGGGUCACAAGCAUCUUGGUAGGCAAAGGAGUUAAUCUUGGUGCAUUGAGGCAGGGACUCACGGAAUUCUCUCAAAAUUGGAAUACAUCUCAGAAGAACAAGCAAAGGUGGGCAAAAUAUUCUCAAAAUCCCAAUUCAUCAGGAGAGAACGACCAGAAAUGAAUGCCUUAUUCUGAUCUCGUUUGAUUUUGAACACUAUUGAUUCUCUGCAUUCUAUUAACUGCAUCAUUUUAUUGGAACUAUUGUACCAGCGAUGGGGGAACUGUGGAGCAUUUGCUUGUAUAUUUUGUAUGCUAUUUAGAGCCAUUGAAAAGUUAAUGAUUUGCACAACAAACUUUAUAUCUAAUUGAUGUUAGAAGAUGUUUAUAAA